AUGAAACCCAUGUCCCGAAAGAAAUCAAAACAGCGUCGAAAGAGCGUUAAAAAGCAUAGUGUGCUUAAUAUGCCUGAAGUGCCUCAAGGCACCUUUCCUGUUAUUGAUUAUGGCAGUAAAAUGCUUUUCCUUCCAAUGGAAGCUAUGGUUGAGACCAGGGCACUGCAUCGCGAGGGUGUUCCAUCACUGUGUCGAAUUUACAUGAGUGGGCGGUGCCUUCAGGGAAGCAAAUGUCAUCAAGCUCACACAGACGCUAAAUUGGUCUCUGAAUUUCGUGCUAUCGCGCUGGCAGAGCCCUCUUGCUGUGAAAAACAUGGUGUCUCCACUGAUAGUAGCGAAAUCCAUGCUGACUUUUCAUUUACAGUUAAAGAUGACAAACGCAAUAGGUCCUUCUAUGUAGGGCCAUAUGAGUAUUGUAUCACCAAAGGUCUCCGAGAUAUUCUGGCGGAUCGUGAAUCAGUGCCUGAGAUGACAGAGCUCACAGUACCUUUUUCCUCCCUUUGUAAGCUACACACUGGAGCGGAAGGUACCAAGUGCUGCCGUUUUGGGAGCGAAUGCAAAUUUGUCCAUAUUUGUCGAGAACUGCUCUUUGCUAUGGAGGGAUCUAUUCUCAACUCUAUGGCUGCAUCAGUAGAGCUUCCUUUAAAGCAUGAAUUUUCUUCUACGCACCAGUUCAUGAAAAUACUUACAUCAGCAAAGGAUUCACUAUCUGAUGUAAAAGAUAGGGCACUUGGAGUUUCUAUGGAUCCGCUGAUGAGUGGCAGUUUGGACUUUAACAGCCAGCCCUCAACUCAACCUGAAUCUCUGAAUUUAUUAACACCACCUCCUAGUAGUAUUAGAUAUAGAUGGCUGCAAUCUGAAGCUCCUAUUGUGACAUCAUAUGGCACAUCACCUGUAUCUGUUGUUUGGCGUCAUAAUCCCUAUCCUUCAUCACUAAAUUUGUCAUCAAUCGAGACCUAA